AUGAUUCCCAGCCAGCAGACUGCUAAGAUUCACACCAUCGAGAAAGACCAGCACUUCCCGGUGCGCGACCUUACCUCGACGCUUCCAAAUCCGACGGACGUUGGCUUCUCGGCGACGACUGGGACACACGUUCCUGUUGCCAACAACACGACGACCGUCUACGACUAUUCAUCAACUACUGGUACCACCUUCCCGACAACCACUACCGUUACUCGCUCCACUUAUGAAGGUGUCCCAAUCGACAACGUUCAUCACGAUUCGACCUUGAAAGAAAAGGUAGUUUUAUUGAAAAAUUUUCAGAAUUUUUAUCACAGUUGACCUAGCUAAUAUGAAAACCGAUUUAAUAUGAAACUAGUCAUUUUGCAAGCUUGAGGAAAUUUGAAAAUUGUGGAGCAUUAUUAUAAAUUGCUUCAUUGAUUGUUUAUUCAGGUGAAAGAAGUUGCUCAUGAUGUCAAGGAGGCUUGUGGCAACGCUGCGGAAGCAGUCAAGGACAAGCUUCACGACGCCAAAGUUGCGGUCGCUGGCCACUAA